AUGCCGCGGUAUAGUACCACAGAUGAGAUUAUGGGACUCCGUAUACCGGCUUUCAGGACUCGCCUUAUGAUGAAAAGUUCUCCUGAUGUGGACUGUGUUUCAUCAGAUUCUGUUGUAUGUCUAUCUAAAGCUACUGAAAUGUUUGUAAGUGAGCUUGUGUCCACUGCGAUUCGUGGUAAUCGAUCUGAAUUGACUUACAAGGAUCUUUCUCGUCUUCAAUGUCAGUUAGAUCGCUACAAUUUUCUGGCCGAUGUCCUACCUCAAAAAAUCACUGCUCGAGAGUGGAUAGAAAAAUACAAAUCCGAAUUUGAUGCAUCUUGUCCAUAAAAGUGCUUACUAUCUUGUUGGUUUUUCGUGUUAAAUCAUUCAUCAAUGUGAAUAUGUACUAGUCUAUAACUCAAAUUCGGUCUGUUCACUACACUGUAA